CGGUCAUGUGAUCAGCUGUGUCCAAUCACAGCUGAUCACAUGGCACAUGUACACUGAUCAUCAGGGCAUUGAUGAUCAGUGUGCCCUGAUAAUCAGUGUGGCCCCAGAAGUGCCACCUGUCAGUGUCCAUCAGUGCUAGCAGUCAGUGCUCAUCAGUGCCACGUGCCAGUGCCCAUCAGUGCCACAUCAAUGCCACAUAUCAGUGCAUACCAAUGCACAUCAAUGCCACAUAUCAGUGCCCAUCUGAACUGCCUUUCAAUGUCACCCAUCAGUGCCAGUCAGUGCCACCUAUCAAUGCCAAUCAGUGCCACCUAUCAGUGCUGCCAAUCAGUG